AUGACCUCUCUAGGAAACAUUGAAGCUUCUGGCCUAGCCUCGUUGACUUUUCAUUCAUGGACCACCGGCGAUGUCCUCUACCUCACUGGUACCGCAAGGAAUCUCGUAGGCAAUGAGGCUCGGAAAGUCAUGGCAUUCCAGAAGACGUUAACUGAAGUUGAUGCCACGGGAUACAUUUAUGUUGAGGAUGCCCUUCCUGUACGGCAGUCGCCUGGGACUGUACCUCAAAGGAGCCCUUACAGUCCUCCAGUCCAAUUCCUCGUAGAAGAGCAGGAAUCUACUCGUCUCUUCGCGGAGGCAGGGGAGGAUGAAGUCAAAGCUACAUUAGCAAGUAUCGAACUCCACAGUCCAACGGUGGCCACGUUCACUUGGGAGGCCUCUAAGGAACUCGAUAUCAAACCUGGCCAAGCGAUCAUUCUCGACUUGAAACCAUUCCUCGGGUCUCUCAAAUACCAACAUAUGUCUCCAAGCAAGCCAACUUCCGUCAACGAUGACCGCAUCCGUACCUGGACAGUUUCCUCUGCGAAUUCCUCGAAUAAAAGAACGUUCGAUACGACGAUGAAGCUGAAGGAAGGAGGAGCAGCAACGACUGCGUUAUUUGCGAUCGCUCAUAAGCUGAAAGAGGUCAAACCAGAAAUGCAUGCAGAUGCGAGAGAUCUAGGGUUGAGUGUCCACGUUAUGGGGCUGACAGGGGAGUUUUAUCUACCGACAAGCGCUGAUGAUACACAAGUCAAAAAGUUGCUUUGGGCAGCGGGAGGAAUCGGUGUCACGCCAUUCCUGAGCAUGUUGAAAGGAUUGGCUGACUCUCCUUCGGGCCAGUGGGAUAUUAUUGUGCUUCUAUCCACCAGAGAGCCGGAGGUUCUCGUCCCACUCAUAUCUGCGAUACCGGCUGAAGCGCAAGGAAGGGUUAAACUAACUCUUGCCGUCUUUUCCCAGGAGACAUCUUACUCUGCUGGCAUUCCCCUGGAGCGUCAUGCGGGCAGAUUGACAUCUAAAUUCUUUUCGGACUCGCCUUUGCUUUCGGACGCAAAAAACAGAGAGGUCUAUCUAUGUGGUCCUGCGGAAUUCGAGGAGUUCGUUCUCGAGGAAAUGAGAAAAAUAGGCAUGCCAACGACUAAUGUACGAAGGGAAAAGUUUGUGUAUUGA